AUGGCCAAGGUCGAGGCAGCUCAGGUAUUCCUAACGUUUGAGGAUGUGGCCAUCACUUUCUCUCGGGAAGAGUGGGGGAUGUUGGCUCCCUGGCAACAACAGUUGUACUGGAAUGUGAUGAAGGAAAACUAUGAAACUUUGAGCUCUUUGAGUGCUGGCAGAUUGGGAACCCUGGCAGAAUUAUUGGCUACAUUGGGACAAGUCUUUGAAACCUGGGAAGAUCAGCAGAACUUGGUGAGAAGAGAUAACCUGGAAAACACAUGCUUGGGUGUUGGGGUCAGGAAGCCUCCUAAGAAAGAAAAUAAUAGGAAACAGCAAUUGAGUGGGAAUUUCCCAGGGGAACAAGGUAAAACAGGUUCUCAUACUCCCAGCCACAAAAAGUCUCAAGAAACAAAUCUUCUGUCUCCUGGACAGAUGGAUAAUUUGGUGAGGACUGAACCCACUGGCAGUAGGCGAGAGAAUGGACUCUUGCAUAGCCUUUCUCCAGGUGAGAGAGCCCUCAUGGAGAAGAUACAAAACCAGGAGUUAGCUUCGGAGAAUGAGCUUUCCCUGAAACCUCACCAUUGUCCUGAGUGUGGAAAGCACUUCAAGAGACGGCAUGAGCUUAAGGUGCACAAGCGCGUCCACACAAAGGAGCGGCCUUUCCCCUGCCCAGAAUGUGGGAAGUGCUUCCGGCAGAAGUCAGCCCUGAUGACCCACCAGUGGGUGCAUAGCAAGGAGCGCCCCUUCACCUGCCCCGAGUGUGGGCGCUGCUUUGCCCAGAAACAAUACCUGAGGAAACACCAGUGGGUACAUAGAAAUGAGCGCCCCUUUCACUGCGUGGAGUGUGGACGCUGCUUUACCCAGAAACAAUACCUGAAAAAGCACCAGCAUUUACACAGUGGGGAGCGCCCCUUUGCCUGCUCAGAAUGUGGGCGCCACUUUGCCCAGAAGCAAGACCUCAAGAAACACCAGCAUGUGCACAGCGGGGAGCGCCCUUUUCCCUGCCCUGAGUGUGGGCGCCAGUUUGCCCAAAAGCAAGAUCUCAAAAGGCACCAGCGUGUGCAUAGUGGGGAGCGUCCGUUUCCUUGUGCUGAAUGUGGGCAUCACUUCUCUCAGAAGCAAGACUUGAAGAAGCACCAGCGUGUGCACACCGGAGAGCACCCUUUCCUUUGCCCGCAGUGUGGGCACCACUUUGCCCAAAAACAGGGUUUGAAGAAGCACCUGCGAGUGCACCAGCGGGCACCAGGUGGUAAACGGCCCUUUCCCUGCCCUGAGUGUGGGCGCUCCUUCACCCGGGUGCACGACUUAAAAAAGCACCAAAGAAGCAUCCACAGCAGCGAACACUUUUUUGCUUGUCCCGGUUGGGAUCAGCAGUUCAGCAAUAUGGCCAAUAAUUCCAUCAGCUUGGAGUUGAUCAAACUCGGCCCACUGGACUGGUGAGCCAGGUCAUCCUUUGAUGCCUUCUCCAAGACUGCCCUCAGGGGCACACCACACUAGGGGACCCCCUUCUGUUCCUCUUUACUGAUCCAUAUUUUUCUCAUCUGGAGAUGGUGAAAGUGGUAAGGAUGUUGUGAUACUGGAGCAUGUUCGGCAGCGGAUGACCAGGACAGUAAGGGAACUGGUCACCUUACCGUACAAUAGAAAGAUCGGCCAGAUUAUCGCGGGUGUUUGGCCUGAAGAAGAGAAUAUUUGAGGAGACUUAAGAGCUACUGUCAAGUACUUCAAUUAUUAUUAUGUAGAAGAGAGCUUGGCGCCAGAGGACAAAGAUAGGAACAGACAUUUGUAGGGAAGUAGAUUGGGUUCCAUGUACAGUGAGGACUUCCUAGCAGACCAUUCCCAAAGUGGAUUGGCUAUCUCAGGAGUUAAUUCUAUUUGGGAAGGUCUUCAGGCAGAAUCUUGAUUAUUUGGUCAGGAUGCUACAGAGAGGAUUCCUUUUUGGGUUAAACGGGGUGUCUUCUCAUCUCACUUUCAAAUUUGAAAUUCUGCGAUUGUGUUUACUAUUCCAACUAAGAUCUUAUAGACUUAUAAUGGUUUAAUUAAAAAAUGUAUUUCAAUUUGAACAAAAGUCUUCCUUACCUUAACUCAAGUGUUGGGAACCUAUCAUAAAGUUUUGCAAAUUCUUCUUCUUCACUCCAAGAUGAGGGAAGGGCAGAGUGUGCCAGAGGUCACAGCUAAUAGCAACUGGUUUCGGCCAAUUCCUCCUUGUCUGUUUGGCAGAAUUAGGGUUUGUUACAUAAAACGGAAGGCUUUUCUCUUGUUGAAGUUCCUUUUUAGCUUCAAAGGUGUUCUUAGUACAUACCUUAGAAGUAAUUAACAACCAGCUUUAGAAUAAAAAUCUGACAUUGGAGGAAGUAGAUUAUUCUCAGGGAAAAGGAGGUAAAGAAGCUGUAGGGAAAAAUAUAUUUAAUUUUUUAUAUAACUGGCUUUAACUAACUUCUUUUUUAACAAUAGCUUUUUAUUUUCAAAAUAUAUGCAAAGAUCAUUUUCAAUAUUCACCCUUGCAAAAACCUUGUGUUCCAAAUGUUUCUUCCUUCCUUUCCCUCACUUCCCUUCCCUAGAUAGCAAGUAAUCCAAUAUAUGUCUGACUAUACUCUUAAAAAUCAUGUCAUAUGCCACUUUAGCUUGAGUAUCAUAGUUAGCUGACCUUGGUCUUGAGUCAAAAAGUGAAAGUCAAAAAUCUAAGUAUUUCAGGGUUUCAAGACUCUAGGGAAAACAUUUUGGGAUAUAAUGAUCAUACAAAGCUUAUGAAUCCAUGAAAAAACACCAGCUGAGGCUCCCCAGUUCCAUCAAAAAACAAAUUCUCCAUUAUCUCCCUAAGGACUACAUUGACUAGCAUACCACUGUUAAGUGUUUCUGUUAAUUCCUUCCUGGGAGGCUUCACAAUGGAAGAUGCAGAAAUCUAUACUUAGUAAUACAAUUAAUUCUCCAAUAAUCACAUUUAGAUGAUUUCGUUGAACAAAGUGGAGGAAAGAAGGGAAAUGAGCUUUUAUAUAGCGCCUACUAUGCCAGCCCUUGAUAAAUAUGAUUUUUUUUAUUAUAGCUUUUUAUUUGCAAGACAUAUGCAUGGGUAAUUUUUCAGCAUUGACAAUUGGAAAACCUUUUGUUCCAAUAUUUCCCCUCCUUCCUCCUUCGUCCCCCCAAAUGGCAGGUUGACCAAUAUAUGUUAAAUAUGUUAAAGUUUAAGUUAAAUACAAUAUAUGUAUACGUGUCCAUACAAUUAUUUUGCUGUACAAAAAGAAUCGGACUUUGAAAUGGUGUACAAUUAGCCUGUGAAGGAAAUCAAAAAUGCAGGUGGACAAAAAUAGAGGGAUUGGGAAUUCUAUGUAGUGGUUCAUAGUCAUCUCCCAGAGUUCUUUCGCUGGGUGUAGCUGCUUAUAUUCAUUAUUAAACAAACGGAACUGAUUUGGUUCAUCUCAUUCUUGAAGAGAGGCAUGUCCAUCAGAAUUGAUCAUCAUAUGGUAUUGUUGUUGAAGUAUAUAAUGAUCUCCUGGCCUGCUCAUUUCACUCAGCAUCAGUUCAUCUAAGUCUCUCCAGGCCUUUUUGAAAUCAUCCUGUUGGUCGUUUCUUACAGAACAAUAAUAUUCCAUAACAUUCAUAUACCAUAAUUUAUUCAGCCAUUUUUCACUUGAUGGGCAUCUACUCAGUUUCCAGUUUCUGGCCACUACAAACAGGGCUGCCACAAACAUUUUGGCAUAUACAAGUUCCUUUCCCUUCUUUAAGAUCUCUUUAGGAUAUAAGCCCAGUAGUAACACUGGAUCAAAAGUACAGUGACAAAUAUGAUUUCAUUUGAUCUUCCCAACAACUCUGGGAGGUAGGUCCUAUUCAUCCCCCUUUUGCAGUUGAGGAAACUAAGGCCUACUGCAGUUAAGACUUGUCCAGGGUCACAUAGCUAGUAUCUGAGGCUGGAUUUGAAUUCAGAUCUUCCUGACAUUAGGCCUACUACCAUCCACGUUGCUUCAAUAUUUUUUUUUUAAGUGAAAAUAGUAUAUUUCGAUCUGAAUUAAUAUAGUUCUUUCAUUGGACAUGGUCAGCAUUUUUCAUUAUGAGUCCCAUGAGAUUGUCUCUGAUCAUUGCAUUGCUAAGAAGAGCUAAGUCUAUCAUAGUAGAUCAUCAAACAAUAUUGUUAACAUGUAUAAUAUUCUGGUCCUGCUCAUUUCAUUCAUCAUCAGUCCAAUUAAGUCUUUCCAGACUUUUCUGAAAUCUGGCUGCUCAUCAUUUUUAAAAAAAAUAAUUAUAACUUUUUAUUGACAGAACCCAUGCCUGGGUAAUUUUUUUACAACAUUAUCCCUUGCACUCACUUCUGUUCCGACUCUUCCCCUCCCUCACUCCACCCCCUCCCCCAGAUGGCAAGCAGUCCUAUACAUGUUAAAUAUGUCACAGUAUGCCCUAGAUACACUAUAUGUAUGCAGAACCGAACAGUUCUCUUGUUGCACAGGAAGAAUUGGAUUCAGAAGGUAAAAAAUAACCUGGGAAGAAAAACAAAAAUUCAAGCAGUUUACACUCAUUUUCCAGUGUUCUUUCUCUGGAUGUAGCUAUUUCUGUCCAAUUGAAACCAAGUUAGAUCUUCGAUCUUCUCUUUGUCGAAGAAAUCCACUUCCAUCAGAAUACAUCCUCAUAGAGUAUUGUUGUUGAAGUGUAUAAUGAUCUCUGGUUCUGUUCAUUUUUGCAUCAAUAUUCAACUGAAUAAAGUUUUAUUGAAUGCUAA